UUACAACGUUAAGGUUGGACCGAGUUCCCCUUCGGCCUUUAGUCUUGAUUUCUACCGGGAUUACUUCGAUGUUGAUACACACCAGGUCAUUCAGCGUCUUCUGUGUGGGCUUAUCCCCUUUUCAAAGAAGUAUUCCUUGACUGCGUCCUUGCGCCCAAUGCCUGAUAUCUAUGGACCAUUUUGGAUUACAGCAACCCUGAUUUUUUCAAUCAUAUUCGCCGAUAAAUUUUCGACUAUUUACUUGCUUGAUUGCAAUCAUUGUGAUUGUUCCGUUUUAUCGUUGAUUCCACUUUUUAUUACUUUUUUAGUUACUGUUUCGGCCGCAAUACUCUUCUUUUACUGGGUUCUCCUUCCUUUUGGUUCCAUUUUAAGUGAACUACUUGCUAUUUACGGGUAUUCUUUGGCAAUCUACAUUCCGGCAGUUGUAAGUAUUGUUAUAAAAAUGCAAAAUAUAAACCAAUUUAGCACAAAAAGCCACUGUUUCGGGAUUUUAUCUUGUACUUUUUGUACUUGUCAUGCAACUUUUGGUUAA